AUGACCCAGGUCCGGAGCCUCCAGGGAGGCCCCGGGAAUGUCACCUGCCUUAAUAAUAACAUCCUCCGAAUUGACUGCUACUGGUCAGGCCCGGAGCUGGGCCACGAUGCAGACCCCUGGCUCCUUCUCACCAGCCACCAAGUUCCAGGCGGGAGACACAGGUGUACCUUCCGGGCCGGCCUCUGCUCUGUGGAGCUGCCCCCAGAGGAGGUGCUGGUGCCCACCGACAGUUUCUCCAUCACGCUGCACCUCUGCAUUGCUGGGCAGGAGCGUGCCAGCUUGGUGGAGCCACAGUACCUGCCCCGGAGACACAUCAAGCUGGACCCGCCCUCUGGGCUGCAGAGCAACGCCAGCUCUGACUACUGCCUGCUGACCUGGAGAGUCAACCCUGCCCUCGAGCCCCUGGAGGCAUUCCUGGCCUACGAGCUGGCCUUCAAGAGGCAGGAGGAGCCCUGGCAGAGGGCCCGCCACAAGGACAGAAUUGUUGGGGUGUCCCGGCUAGUGCUGGAAGCCGCAGAGCUGGCCCCUGGUUCCCCCCAUGAGGCCAGGCUGCGGGUGCGGAUGGUUCAGGAGGAGGACAUGCCAGAGGAUGAGCGUUAUGAGGGCACCUGGAGCGAGUGGAGCCUGCCCGUGCACUUCGCUACUCCCCAGAGACCAGAGCCCUGGACACCCCCCUGGGGGCAGCCUGACCGCUCGCUUGUGGCUGUGCCCUUCUUUCUGCUGCUGAUUGGCCUGUCUUACCUCUCAUUCAAGCUGCUGCCCAGGGUGAAGCAGGCCUGCCACCAGCACGUGCCCUCUCCAGCUGUGUUCUUCCAGCCCCUCUACACCGAGCACCACGGGAACUUCCAGACCUGGACAGGGACUCACAGGGUGGGACUGCAGCUUGGCCAAGCGGAUAUCAGUGCCCAGCCUGCCGCCCCAGAGCCGGGCUGCCGGGAGGCUGUGGCCCUGCUCACCUGCAGCCCGGCGUGGCCCUGUCUCUGCUUGGAGGAGAAGUGUCCACCUGCUCUGGGCUCAGAGGACAUGUGGCCCACAGGGGUCCUGGAGUGGGGAGACCAGCCGCCUGCCUACCUGCCACAGGAGGAAUGGGCUCCAGUGCCCCCCACCAGGCCAGGCCCCCCAGACUCAGACUGGAGUUACAGUGACUACUGUGCCCUGGGGUGCCAUGAGGAGGGCCACCCCUCAACACCCUUAGGACACACCCAGAGCCUAGUGACCGCUCCUGCUUUGACUUGUGGCUUUUCCUGGCACCAAGGGGACUUGGGGCCUCAGCACGGGGCCUCCUGUAUAGAAGCUGGUCAUCUUCCGAACCAGGGUCCCAGCGAAGGGCUGCUUUCUGCCUAA